AUGUUGCGAACGGGGCUCAUCACUCUCGCAGCUUGUGCCCAUGGCACAGCUGCCAGGAAACUCUGGGCUCAAGAGCCAGCAGAUCCAGCCAACAUUAUUAUGACAGCAUAUCCACUAGGAAAUGGAAAGCUUGGAGCAAUGCCCCUUGGGUUGGUUGGAGAGGAUAUUGUGGUCCUAAAUGAACACAGUCUUUGGUCUGGAGGGCCUUUCGAAAGCCCUGACUACACUGGCGCCAACCCGCCGGCUCCAGUCUACACUGCUCUGCCAGGCAUUAGAGAGACGAUUUGGAACACUCAAAUCAACAACGACAUUAGUGCGUUAUAUGGAGAUCCAGCAAACUACCAUUAUGGCAACUACGAGACUCUAGGAAAUCUCACUGUCAAGAUUGCGGGAGUCAGCAAAUACAGCUCUUACAAUCGCGCGCUAGAUCUCGAAACUGGUAUUCAUCAAACCACCUUUACAUCGAAUGGUGCCAAAUUUACCAUAACUACUUUCUGCACCUUUCCCGACCAAGUCUGCGCCUACAACGUCCAGUCCAACAAGCCGCUGCCCGCCGUGACCAUUGGACUGCAGGACAACCAACGAAGCAACCCAUCAUCCAACUCUUCAUGCGAUGCCAAUGGAGUUCGUUUGAGAGGACAGACUCAACAGGACAUUGGCAUGAUAUUUGACGCUCGUGCUCAAGUUCUUAAUCGGCCUAAGGGAGCUACAUGCACAUCGGCCCACGAACUUCUUGUUCCUUCAGAUCGCAAAACCACCUCUGUAACGGUGGUAUACGCAGCUGGGACAAACUAUGACCAAAAGAAGGGAACCAAGGCCAGUAACUACUCCUUCAAGGGCGUCGAUCCCGCGCCGGCUGUGGUUGCCACCAUCAAGGCCGUCGAGAAGAAAAGCUUUAGCAGCAUGUACAACGCCCAUGUCAAGGAUCACAAUACGCUUUUCAGCCAAUUCACUCUGAGUCUGCCGGAUUCUGAGCACUCCGCUUCCGUGCCUACAUCGAUGCUGAUGGAGAACUACGAUUACAACGUCGGCGACCCAUUCGUGGAGAACCUCCUCUUUGAUUACGGCAGAUACCUUUUCAUCGGUUCAUGCAGAGAUGGAUCCUUGCCACCCAAUUUGCAGGGUAUCUGGACAGAGAAUCAAUUCCCAGCUUGGAGUUCAGAUUACCACGUUGACGUCAACGUCCAGAUGAAUCACUGGCACACUGAACAAACCGGCCUUGGUGAUAUCCAGGGGCCUUUGUGGGAUUUUAUCGUUGAUACGUGGGUGCCGCGUGGAACAGAGACAGCCGAAUUGCUAUAUGACGCUCCUGGAUUUGUGGGAUUCACUUACCUUUUGACUGUGCAAAACGUCUGGAACCGAUAUGAUUACGGCCGCGACACGCACUGGUGGAAGACUGUUGGGUAUCCGCUCAUGAAGUCGGUUGCCGAAUACUGGAUCCAUGAGAUGGUGCCUGAUCUCUAUUCGAAUGAUGGAACCCUUGUUGCCGCUCCUUGCAACUCGCCUGAGCAUGGUUGGACGACUUUUGGGUGCACACACUACCAGCAGCUUGUUUGGGAGGUGUUUGACCACAUUAUCGAUAGUUGGGAAGAUUCCGGUGAUAAAAACACCACCUUCCUCGAGACCGUAAAGGAGACACAGUCAAAGCUCUCUCCGGGUAUUAUUAUCGGCUGGUUCGGUCAAAUCCAAGAAUGGAAGAUCGGUUGGGAUCAGCCCGACGAUGAGCACCGUCACCUUUCUCACCUCGUGGGCUGGUAUCCUGGUUACAGCAUCGGCACGCACAUGUGGAACAAGACUGUCACCGAUGCUGUCAAUGUCAGCCUGACGGCCAGAGGCAACGGUACGGCUGAUUCGAACACUGGCUGGGAAAAGGUCUGGCGAGUGGCAUGCUGGGCCCAGCUCAACAACACCGACAUUGCAUAUACCUAUUUGAAGUAUGCCAUCGACAUGAACUACGCCAACAACGGCUUUUCCGUGUACACCUCUGGCAAUAGCUGGCCAUACGAGCUCGCGGCGCCGUUCCAGAUCGACGCCAAUUUCGGAUACAGUGCCGCCGUGUUGGCCAUGCUAAUCACUGAUCUGCCAGUUCCCGCUGCGUCUAAUGCCAUCCACACGGUCGUCUUGGGUCCGGCUAUUCCAUCUGAAUGGAAGGGCGGGUCCGUUCAAGGCAUGCGCAUUAGAGGCGGCGGAUCCGUGGACUUUUCGUGGGAUAAGAACGGCUUGGUGAACAAGGUGACGCUGCAUAACCACAAGGCGCCGAUUAAGAUUGUCGAUGUGAAUAGCAAGGUUUUGAUUCACAAGUAG